UGCUCUUAGCUCCAACUAGCCUUGGUGGUUUUUGUUUUCUGUUGGCCAGGAUGACAAAGAAGAGUGGUUAUGGGAGGGCUACGCGUGAUGCUCACCAUGACCAAUCCAAGGACCAAGGUGACCAUUCAGUGAACUCGUUCAGAUUUCAGAAGAUCACGGGAGAAGCAAAUCAGCAAAAGAAGCAUGGACAGAGCAACAGUUCAUCAGGGCACCAAGCUCCUGCAGCUGCGAAGAGGAAGACGUGGAAGAAGUAUCUGACGUUCCUGUCGAUGUUCCACAACAAGAUGAAGCACAAAAAGUCGGAUACCAAGGCACCAACCGGCUUCAAGCAGAGGAGGAACUCGAAGCGCUCGCCCUGUCCAGUGCUCCAAGAAUGCAGCAACCUUGUCCGCGUUAUCCAGCGGACGGCGGCAGAUUGCUUCGCUGCGGCGGCGUCCGGCGCUGGUGAUGAAGACGAGCUGCGUUGUUACAUGCAGCUUGACCAGGUGAGCUACGGCGUGAAGAGGGAGACCUUCGGACCGAUCUACCUGGUCACAUGAUAUUUGGUGGUCUCAGCGCUAACUGCUUCACUGCUUCGUCGUUCAGAUGCCAUGGCAAUCUUCUUGCUUGCAAAACAAAACAAAGUACCGUCGAGCAAUUGAGUGAUGUCCUGAUUGAACCGAGAGUCAUUCCUUUGUCAAUUCUUGCUCGACAUUGUUUUUCAUUCUGGCAACUCGUGUGUUACUCUUCCAUUCUGCUGGGAAACUAGACUGGCCUUGAUCA